UAUUUCUUUGUUUGUGGUAUCACUGCCUGUCUGAGCAGGUUGGACCAUUUGCUGCCCAGCUAUAAAACUGCUGCACCACCUGAAUCCUCCUCUACCUGCACUGACGGCACACAGGUACUAUGUCCAUCAUGUCCAACAGAACUGAAGGCGAUGCCAGAGUCAAUUUUCAGACCUGCAAAAGUUCUGAUCCCAAGGACCGAGUUCAGUUCUACGACACCUGGGCAGAAACCUACGAAGAGGAUCACAACCUGAUGGACUAUCAAGCUCCAGAACUGGCCGUCAGCUUCCUGGCUGAGAACUUCUGUGGGAACCCUGAACAAGCUCGGGUUCUGGACGUGGCCUGCGGGUCCGGAUUAGUCGCUAAACUGAUGCAUGAAAAGGGCUUCAGGUGCUUCGUGGGGGUGGACGGCAGUACUGGAAUGCUGGAACAAGCUCGUAAAACCAAACUGUACAAGGACCUCAGACCAGCCAUACUGGGACCAGAACCACUGCCUGCAGAGCCUGGUGAAUUCGAUGUUGUGAUCAUCGUUGGUGCUUUGCGUCACGGUUUUGUUCCGGUCAGCAUCAUCAGAGAGCUCUGGGCCGCCGCCAAACCAGGAGGGUUCAUCUGCAUGUCGAGAAUCGACCCGAGGUGUGAAUCUGGAGACGAGUACAAAGUGAACAUGGAGCGAGAGCUGCAGCAGAUGGAGGAGGAAGAUCUGUUGAAGCUGGUGGCCACCAGAGAGAUGAACAACUACAUCAAGGAUCCUUAUAGGAACUACAGUGCAGAAGAGCAGGAUGAGAGGUUCCUCCAUGGAACUGUGUACCUCUACAGGAAGGUUCAGUAACUCUGGUCACACUGUCAGAAUCUCAGCCAAUAAAGGUGUUGAUAAUUACAACUUA